CUUCCCUGGAACAGCAUUACAUAUAGCUCGGCACAUCUGCCUCCCUCCCAUCAACUUUUCUUCCCUCCCAGCUUCACAACCUUUCCUUCACCGGCGACUCCACAAGAAACUCGUCGGCGUUUAGGCUCGGAUUGAGAGAGACAUGGCGACCGGGAAGCGCACCAUUGGCAUGGGCAUGGACUACUCGCCGUCGAGCAAGGCGUCGGCGAGGUGGGCGAUCGACAACCUGCUGAAGGCCGGCGACCGGAUCAUCCUCGUCCAUGUCAUCCCCAAGGGCGCGGACGCCAGCCACAAGGAGCUCUGGAAGAGCACCGGCUCUCCUUUGAUUCCUCUGCCGGAGUUCAUGGAGAUGAACGUGCAGGCGAGGUACGGACUGGUCCCUGAUAAGGAGAUACUGGAGAUCCUGCAAGCUGCGUCCAAGGCCAAGCAGGUGGAAGUGCUAGCAAAGAUUUACUGGGGCGAUGCAAGGGAGAAACUCUGCGAGGCAGUAGAUGAUCUCAAGGUGAACUCCUUUGUGCUUGGUUGCAGGGGCUUAGGGCCACUUAAAAGGGCUCUCCUUGGAAGUGUCAGCAACUAUGUAGUCAACAACGCAACAUGCCCGGUUACAGUGGUGCGUGGACCAACUGCAUCAAGUGCCUGAUCUUUUUUUCUGCUUAAAGGUGGAGCUUUUGUAAUGCAGGGCACAUUUGGUAUAUCUGAGUUGAGGUUGUUUGAAAGGAUGGUGAUGUUUGGCUCUCGUAUUAUUACUUGAAAUCUGUUGUCCAGUUAUGAUAUCAGCAAAUUACCUCUGUUAUAUCUACCUGCAUUUAUGGUGUUAUUUUCUAUGAAAGAUAUGUAAGCAAUUGUCUUGAAACUGA